AUGUCUCUGAAGAUGAAUCCUCGACGGAUUUCGAAACGUCAGGCAAAGAAGUUAGUCAAUCGGACAGGUGACUGCGUAAAGUUUUUCGUCAGUUAUACCCAUUUGCUGGUUACCUACACCCAGGUCAUCUGCAGUUACCUGGGUGCAGACCCUGAACUGGACGUGGAUGGCAUCUGUCCGAACCUCUGUCAGGUGCGAGACAAGCCCCUAUGGGAGAUGAAUGUGGUCCGUAACUCCACCGAAGGCCGAGCCCAACUUCAACUACCGAGUGCGCACGAGGCAGUCGAUGUCUGCGCUCAGAUUCCGUUUGCGGUGCCGGGCACUUGCAAACUGCGUGACAAAGGCGUUUUUGACCAUGAAUUCACGUAA